UCUGGAUCACACGUUGACUCACAGUCUGGGCGGCGCCUCGCUAUAAAAUCUGUGCUGCGUCUUUUCCAAACUUGUGCGCAUUUCCACCUCCACUUUUCCACGUCCGACUUUGCGCCUCCUGCACGAUUAACUAAAACACAGCAGCCAUGCCUUCAGAACUGGAGACAGCCAUGGAGUCCCUCAUCACCGUGUUCCACCGUUACGCCUCUAAGGACGGCCGGAGCGCCACACUCAGCCGGCGGGAGCUCAGAGAGCUGAUGGAGAACGAGCUGUCCAACUUCCUCAAGUCUCAGACGGACCCUGCUGCCGUGGACAUGAUCAUGAAGGACCUGGACGCCAACGGCGACGGCCAGGUGGACUUUGAGGAGUUUGUUUCUCUGGUUGUUGGACUUUCCAUUGCCUGUGAGCAGUGCUAUCAGAUGCAUAUGAAGAAGAUGGGAAAGAAGUAAAAGAUGAAGGCCAAAGAAGCGAAGGGACCAAAGCGCAUUUCAGUUUUUUUUGUAAAGAUAGUUUUGUUCAAUAAAAAAAUACACUAAAUCAGUUCAAA